AUUUCACUCUGUCGAUCGAGCUAUUGUUUGUUGCUUAACAUUAUUGCUGUACAAAUAAGAUGGGGGCUCAGCAAAGUAAGAACGAACCAUCCAGCGUGGAUGACUCAGCGAUUUUAUUUCAAGCGUGGAAAGGCUUGAGAUGUUCGCAGUGUAAGAAAUACCUCUCAGUACCUCCGAUUUUUACGAUCGAUGAAGUCAAUAACAUAUGCGGAAGAUGCACUUCGUAUCACCUAACGGGUACUAGAAACCAACUUUACGAAAACCUGGCGAAAGUUCAACAGUUUCCGUGCAGCUUAUCCAAAAAUUGUAAUGAGCGACUAAAAUGGGAACAGGUCCUCGCCCACGAAGAAGUAUGCGAAUUUCGACCCAUCGUCUGUCCACAUUUGGAAUGCAAUGAUGUUAUGGAAGUGCGAAGAGUUGGUCAGCAUUUCAGCGAAAACCAUAAAAUCAUUAAAUCUGGAAGUUUCGAGCUAUCAUUACCCGAUACUUCCACAAUAUAUUUAAGUGAAUUCGAUAAAAACACUUUCCUGAUUGGCAUUUUUAUCUAUGAAGAUGCCGUAGGCAUCAAAGUGUCUUCUCUUCUCAUUGGCAAGUUGGAUCAUAGCUUUUGCGUGACGCUUUAUGUCAAUAAAAAUUCUAUCGAGCUUCGGGAAUCAUCUAUCAUCAGACCUUGGCUGGAAAAAGAAAAAAAUCUAAUGUCCGAGCCACAGUUUGCGUGGAAGAAGACAUCCCUCGAAAAUAUCUUUAAAAAUUGUCAUUUUAAUGAAUUAAAAGUACAUUUCAAUUUAUCUAAAGAUAUCGAGCUAGGGUCAAAGAAAAAUCUAUUGAUUAGCAUUCUUCAAUGUCCAGUUUGUUAUAACGAAAUGAAAACGGAUAUCAUCAAUUGUCCACGGGGUCAUUCUAUCUGUUCAGAUUGUUAUAGACAAAUAACUAAAAAGGAAUGUCCUACCUGUCGGGUGUCGUUCACAAAUGAUCCGGGAAGAAAUUAUGUUCUGGAAGCUGUGAGCCGGGAAAUAUUUGAAAAUUAGCCUAUUUCAGACAAACUGGAUAAACAUAAUAAAUAUAAUUAAUUUGCGAUAUUUCCGUACUUCAUUCUGACUCAGUUGGGAGUCGUUUGGGGCAAAGGAUUUCAAUUACAUUUUUAGAAAUAGGAUAAUUUUAAAUAUUUGCAUUUAUGCACGGCGAACUGAGUUUUCUUCUCAAACUCACAAAUUUUGAUGUAGAAACCAAACUCAUGUUUUGAAAACAGGCUUGUUAAAAACUUUAUUUCUUUAUGAGUAGCGUAUGGAAAAUAGUACAUAAUUUAUUCAAAACAAACUUAUUGUGUAGUAUAUUAAAUGCGCAAGUACGACGUAACAUUAUCAAAGUAGGGCACACUGUAGAUUGCAAAUGAACUUCCAUCAAGUAGUUUUAAUAGUUUUUAGGCAAAAAAUGGAGUAAAUAGGGCCCAGAACAUAUUUUCAAGAUUCCAACAUUCAAGGUUUAAAAUAUCAAACAUGUUUCAGUUCUUUUCGUUUCUUAGCGUUCCUUUUCUCACUUCUAAUUCCAGUGCCUAUUUUAUUGAGCCAUUAGUUAGGCUAAAUUCCCCUUGGAAGGAAGCUGCGUAUUAUUGUGUUUGCCCUGGCAUGUAUAACUUUGUUAAUAAACUUCAUUGUUAUUAUUAUUAUAUAAAUUCGAAACGAAUUCAUCAAAACAAUGCAUUUUUUUCUACACGAUUUUUGUACUUGUUAUUAUCUAAAUUAAAUAAUUGUAUUAAAUAAACUUAUCGUUUUUACAUUAGUAAUAAAUAAAAUUCACUUAGUUUUUAAUCGCAUCCCAAAAACCAUCCAUAGAUUUAACAACUAUGCAUUUGUUUGUAGUAGAAUAAAAUUCUUUAAUUAUGGACAUACAGGAUGGCACAAAAUAUAUUUUAGUAACGUUAUUCUAUUGGUACCGCACUAAGGAAUGUAUUGCACAAAUGAAUCCAGAGAUUUCCGCGUAAUUUAAAAUAUACCCUGGAUCUAUGCAUACUUUACAGCUAUUAAACUCCACAAUACCCAUUAUUAUGUUACACCGUCCGAAAAAUAUAUUGUUUUUUUUUUGGCUAUCGAUAUAUAAAAAAUGUCCAGAUUUUUAGAUCGGAAAUGAGGUGCGAUAACUGGUGACUUUUGAAAUGUAAUAAAAUAAAAAUAAAAUUCAUUGCAAAAAAUGAAUUUUGCAUUUAAAAGAUCAUGCGAUAAUU